AUGUCUUCUCCUCCACACAAUUCGCCUCCCACCAUCGUGGCCGGCAUGCAGCCAGGUACCGUCAAGAUCGAGUCGGACACGAAUCGCGCUGCUCCAUCCUCCAAUGCUUCCGGCUUCCCUUUCCCUCCCAUCCCGGAGCACGACCAGCCCCCUCCACUCUCCUCCGCAGAGUCAAAGUCACCGGCGCCUACGGAGCCCAUCACACCGGCCACCCCAGCCCAGGCCGCACAGAACGCGAAGUCGGGCAUGGAGCUGUUGCGCCGCUUGAGUUUACAAGGGACCCCCACCGUGUUGGAGAUGGACCCAAAGGAGCAACAUCCGGGGCUCAAUCUCACCGGUCGAAUCAUCAGUGCAGCCUUUUGCAUUCCCUACAAGGUCUACUAUCGUUCAGGCGGGGACUGGGAGCUGAAACCCCGCCCUGGCACUUCCGCACUCUUUGACUCUUUUGCGUACCUCGGAUCAGAAGAGACUCGGUGGUCCCAUACCCUCGUCGGCUGGACGGGUGAAGUUGAGCCGGUCGAAGAAGAUGUGGUCCCGUUGCAACACAUCCCGGUCAACACGAGUGCCAAGCUUCCCACCGCCGUCAAUGGCACGGGCUUAGCGCUCAACAAGGCCGCCGCCCCCGUGCCCGUCGAUGCCCACCAGCGGCCGCCGAGUCACCCACUCCUGGACGGGUUCAGCAUCGGUCCCAAGGAUCGGGAGCGACUGGACCAGCAGCUCAGCUCUGGCCGCUAUGGCAAGAUCGCCCCCGUGUGGCUAUCAGCCGAGUCCGAAGUGCCAGAUGACUCCAUCUUCUUGGAAGAUCAAGGACGGUGGCGGCGCUAUGCUGAACGGGAGCUCUACCCGCUGCUCCACUACAAGCAGCAUGGCCCCACCGAUGGCCGCUCCGAAAUCAAGUGGUGGACAGAUUACGUGCGAAUGAAUCGACUCUUUGCGGAUCGCAUUGUGAAAGAGUACCAAGAGGGCGACAUUGUUUGGAUUCAUGAUUACCACCUGUUCCUCUUGCCCAGUAUGCUACGACAGCGGAUUCCAAACAUCUAUAUUGGCUUCUUCUUGCAUGCUCCCUUCCCUAGCAGCGAGUUCAUGCGUUGUUUGGCGAAGCGAAAGGAGGUGCUGACCGGGGUCCUGGGUGCCAACAUGAUCGGCUUCCAGACCUUCUCCUACUCGCGUCACUUUUCCUCGUGCUGUACUCGAGUGCUAGGCUUUGAUUCCAAUUCCGCCGGCGUGGAUGCAUAUGGCGCCCACGUGGCUGUCGACGUCUUCCCAAUUGGAAUUGAUGUCAAGGCUCUUCAGCGCAAGGCAUUUGGGUCUCCAGAAAUCGAGAAAGCGGUGGAGGGCAUCCGCAAGCUCUAUGAAGGGAAGAAAAUCAUUGUCGGACGGGAUAGACUGGAUAGUGUCCGUGGUGUUGCCCAGAAGCUGCAAGCGUUUGAGGUCUUCCUCGAACGGUACCCGGAAUGGCGGGAUAAGGUGGUCCUGAUCCAAGUGACGAGCCCCACGAGUGUGGACGAGGAGAAGGAGGAGAACAAGAUCGCUGCUCAGAUUUCCAACCUCGUGUCCACCAUCCACGGGCGUUUCGGCUCGCUCAGCUUCUCUCCGGUCAAGUACUACCCGCAGUACCUCUCUCAGGAUGAGUAUUUCGCCCUGUUGCGGACGGCGGAUGUCGGCCUGAUCACGACCGUUCGGGAUGGUAUGAACACGACAGGGUUAGAAUAUAUCAUCUGCCAACAGAACAACUAUGGCCCCCUGAUUCUGUCCGAGUUCUCGGGCACGGCAGGCACCCUGUCCAGUGCCAUUCACAUCAACCCCUGGGACACCGCUGGCGUGGCGGAUGCCAUCAACCAAGCGUUGACAAUGCCUGAAGAUCUAAGACGGAUGCAGCAUCAGAAGCUCUACAAGCAUGUCAUCACCAACACCGUCGCGACUUGGUCCAAACAAUUCCUCACUCGCCUUUUGACCAACCUCUCCUCAUUUGACCAGUCCGUCGCCACUCCAGCGCUCGACCGGGCGAAGCUCGUCAAGCAGUACCGCAAGGCCCGGCGGAGAUUGUUCAUGUUCGACUAUGACGGAACUCUGACUCCCAUUGUCAAAGACCCGCAGGCGGCAAUUCCCUCGGACCGCGUCCUGCGCACGAUCAAGAGCCUGGCGGCCGAUCCGCGAAACGACGUCUGGAUCAUCAGCGGGCGGGACCAAGCGUUCCUCGACGAAUGGAUGGGCCAUAUUCCUGAACUGGGGCUGAGUGCGGAGCAUGGAUGUUUCAUUCGGAAGCCCCAUUCGGACGACUGGGAGAACCUGGCGGAGCGAUCGGAUAUGGGAUGGCAGAAAGAGGUGAUGGAAACGUUUCAGCAUUAUACAGAGCGCACGCAGGGGUCCUUCAUCGAAAGAAAACGCGUCGCCUUGACCUGGCACUAUCGACGGGCGGAUCCGGAAUACGGCGCCUUCCAGGCUCGAGAAUGCCGCCGGCAGCUGGAGGAGACCGUGGGCAGAAAAUGGGAGGUCGAAGUCAUGGCAGGCAAGGCUAACUUGGAAGUUCGGCCGACCUUUGUCAACAAGGGCUUCAUUGCCACGCGACUGGUCAAUGAAUACGGGCAUGGUCCUGGAAAGGCUCCAGAAUUCAUCUUUUGCUCGGGCGACGACUUCACAGAUGAAGACAUGUUCCGAGCUCUGCGCAAGUUCGACCUCCCGCAAGACCAUGUUUAUUCGGUGACGGUUGGAGCCAGUUCGAAACAGACGGCUGCUAGUUGGCAUCUGCUCGAGCCGGCCGACGUCAUCGAGACGAUCUCCAUGCUCAACAGCAGCUCCUCGCAGGAAUACAGGACGCAAUGA